UUUGAGGAGGCACCCAAGGAAUGAAAGGUGUCCCCCAAACCAAAUGUCAGGAUGCCCCGAGAGCAAGGGCUUGGCUGCCAGAGGCCCUUCCUGCCUCCCCUGCCCUGCGGGGGGCCCCACUCAAAGGGGCGGAGGCUGGAGCUGUGUGGCCUGCCUGCCUGCUCUGUCCCCCGUCCAGGUGCGGCUGCAGACCCAGAGCACUUACCGAGGCAUCGUCGACUGUAUAGUCAAGACUUAUCGCCAUGAGUCGAUCCUUGGCUUCUUCAAGGGGAUGAGCUUCCCCCUCGCCAGCAUAGCUGUGGUCAACUCAGUCCUGUUCGGGGUCUACAGCAAUGUCCUGCUGCUGCUCACAGCCACCUCCCACCGUGAGCGGCGGGUCCAGCCUCCCAGCUACACGGCCGUCUUCGUAGCUGGCUGCACCGGAGGGUUCCUGCAGGCCUUCUGCUUGGCCCCUUUUGACCUCAUCAAAGUUCGGCUACAAAACCAGACAGAGCUGAGGGCACAGCCUGGGAGCCACCCACCCCGAUACCGGGGGCCCGUGCACUGUGCGGCCUCCAUCUUCCAGGAGGAGGGGCCCCGGGGGCUGUUCCGGGGAGCCUGGGCUCUGACGCUGAGGGACACCCCCACGGUGGGAAUCUACUUCGUCAUCUAUGAAUGGCUCUGUCGCCAGUUCACGCCACAUGGCCAGAACCCCAGCUCAGCCACAGUGCUGGUGGCCGGGGGCUUUGCAGGCAUCACCUCUUGGGCGGCAGCCACCCCCUUGGACGUGAUCAAGUCCCGGAUGCAGAUGGAUGGGCUGAAGCAGAGGGAAUACCGGGGGAUGCUGGACUGCAUGGUGGCCAGCGCCCGGCAGGAAGGGCUGGGGGUCUUCUUCCGGGGCCUGACCCUCAACAGUGCCCGCGCCUUCCCUGUCAACGCCGUCACCUUCCUCAGCUACGAGUACCUCCUCCACUCGUGGGGAUGACCCUGGCUGGGCACUGACAGCAGCUAGCUCCCCAGUGGGACUGACCACCACCCAGCUACCCAGAUUGAAGGCCAAGUUGAAAGCACCAGGUUGAAAUUUCAAUGUAAGAGGCUCAACCUUUCUUGUCAAGGCGCCUCCCAGUCCAGAAGAUGCAGAUGUGGACGGGGAGACAGCACUGGGGACCCCGCCCAGAAUCCAGGGCAGGCCUCAGCCCCUGGAGCUCUUGCCUUGAUUCCUUCAUACACCAAGUAACCAGGGGUGCUGGUGACAUUCCUUCCCGCAUCCAGCGACUUUACCCGUUCAGGAGCUCCUCCACUCCCCUGCCUGGCUGCUAACGGUCCCCUGGGUUCCCAGGGCAGUGUCCACCUGCACCUCGCCUUACUACCCAUCAGACCUCUCCCUGCCUGACUCCAGAGUGGCCGUUACAUCUCCUGGCCUUUGGAGUCCUACAGUGACUCCCAUCAUGCUCAGGGAAACCCAAACUCCACCCCCUCCCGAUGGGGUGCUGGGGGAAUCUCCCCGCCCGCUCACCUUGACCACAGCCCUCACCUGUCGUGGUGCUUGGCUGACUUCCCUGCUGCCUCAUUAAACUGCCAGCUCCCUGAGGCCAGUGGUCACACAUCUGCUCAUUUCCCAGCUCAGAGCCCGGUGCUCGCAGCAGCCCAGCAAAUACCUGUCGAAGGAAGUGGAGUUGCAUUCCUGGCCUCUCUCCUGACUGCAGCCACCCUGCUUCCUUGGUCAUGUCCCUGCCCCUACCAAUGCCCCCAACCCUUCACUGAGAGGUUUGCCUACCCUGGGGUCACUCCCAGUGGAGGGGUACCAGAAGUCAGGGGUAUCUGCUGGGCCUGCUCCCAUGCAUGGCACAUACAUACUUAUCUCAAUUGCAAAGUGAGCAUUAAAAACUGGCUAAGAGAGCCCUGGCUGGUGUAGCUCAGUGGAUUGAGCGCGGGCCCGUGAACCACAGGAUCGCUGUUUGAUUCCCAGUCAGGGCACAUGCCUGGGUUGCAGGCCGGUUCCCUGCAGGCCAGUUCCCAGCAGGGGAUGCACAAAAGGCAGCCAUACAUUGAUGUUUCUCUCCCUCUCUCCUUCUCCCCCUUCCCCUCUAAAGAUAAAUAAAUAAAAUCUUUAAAAAAAAAACAAAACUGGCUAAGAGAGCCCUGGCUGGUGUGGCUCAGUGGAUUUGAGUGCCAGCCUGCAAAUCAAAGGGUUGCCGGUUCAAUUCCCUGUCAGGGCACGUGCCUGGAUUGUAGGCCAGGUCCCCAGUGGGGGGCACGUGAGAGGCAACCACACAUCGAUGUUUCUCUCCCUCUCUUUCUCCCUCCCUUCCCCUCUCUAAAAAUGAAUAAAUAAAAAUCUUUUUAAAAACUGG